AGUGUGGGACGGCUGUGCCUCGGCCUCCCCAGGUGGAGGGAGGACCAGGCCCAUGGCUGCUGCUCACGACAUGGAGAUGGAGAGCGUGAAUCUGAACAUGGAGAGAGAGGGGAAGGAAGAGCUGGAGGAGGAGAAAGUGAGAGAGAGCAGAGAAGGCAAAGACUUCCCCAGGAGCAGAAAGGUCCACAGGAUUGUCUCAAAGUGGAUGCUUCCUGAGCCUGUCCGAAGAACAUACUUGGAGAGGGCCAACUGCUUCCCGCCACCGCUGUUCAUCAUCUCCGUGAGCCUGGCUGAGCUGGCCGUGUUUAUUUAUUAUGCUGUGUGGAAGCCUCAGAAGCAGUGGAUCACCCUGGACACGGGGAUCUUGGAAAGUCCCUUUACUUACCGCCCUGAUAAGAGGGAAGAGGCCUGGAGGUUUAUCUCAUACAUGCUGGUUCAUGCUGGAGUCCAGCACAUCGUGGGGAAUCUCUCUAUGCAGCUCGUUCUGGGUAUUCCCUUGGAAAUGGUCCACAAAGGCCUCCGGGUAGGACUGGUGUAUCUGGCAGGAGUGCUUGCAGGUUCCCUUGCCAGCUCCAUUUUUGACCCCCUUAAUUCUCUUGUGGGUGCUUCAGGAGGAGUCUAUGCAUUGAUGGGAGGCUACUUUAUGAAUGUUAUAGUGAAUUUUCGAGAAAUGAUUCCUGCCUUUGGAAUCGUCAGACUACUCGUCAUCAUCCUGAUAGUUGCCUCAGAUAUGGGAUUUGCUCUCUACAGGAGGUUCUUUGUCCCUGCAAAUGGGUCUCCGGUGUCCUUUGCCGCUCACAUCGCAGGCGGAUUUGCUGGGAUGUCCAUAGGUUACACUGUGUUCAGCUGCUUUGACAAGACGCUGCUCAAAGACCCCAGGUUCUGGAUUGCAAUUGCUGCAUAUGUAGCUUGUCUCUUAUUUGCUGUGUUUUUUAACAUCUUCCUGUCCCCAGCAAACUGACUCACCUCUAAUAUAAGCCAGUUAGUAAAAGUGCCACGUGGGGGAAAAUGGAAAACUCUGUGAAGAAACACAGAUAUCCCAGCAUAUGCUGAGAGCUUUAUAAAGAUGGACAGCACCUGAUUCAUCCCUUCUGAGGGGAACUUCCAACAGGAAGGAAGAAAAAAAAGACAGAAAUCAAAGACUGGGUCUUCCGUACAUGGAGUAUGUAUUACCCUAUGACAGAGACUUGAU